AUGCAGAGCAAAAGCUAUUAAAUUCAUCGUUAAUAAUCCAAGUGCUAAUUGCUUAUUGAUCAGAAAAACUUGGGUAAUUAAGUAAAUAAAGCAAAUAUUAGAAAAAACCGAAAAAAAUAUCAAGUAAAUAUUUAUAAAGCUAAUAGGCAAUAUUACAGCCAUUAUCUUAGAAACACCCCAAAUCAAUAACAUAAAGCAGAGAGAAUCAAUUUCCCCAUCUAAGUACAACAAAAGAGCUUCGCAUAUUGA